AUGGCACGCAUCAACAUCCCCAUCGACGCCCUCUCCGACCGCCUCAACCUCAAAGGCCGCUUCGACACCAUCCGCACACAAUCGAUCGGCAAUCGCUUCGCCAACCUCAAACCCAUCUCCGAAUUCCUCGACAUCAAGCGUCUCUCCAAACCGCGAGACUUUGGCGAGCUGCAGAACCGCGUAAACUACAACCUCUCCUACUUCAGCAGCAACUAUGCCGUCGUCUUCGUCAUGCUUAGCAUCUACAGCCUGCUCACCAACCUCCUCCUGCUCUUCGUCAUCCUCUUCGUCGUGGGUGGCAUGUACGGGAUCAGCAGGCUGCAAGGCUCAGACCUCGAUGUCGGCUUCGCCCGUGCCACCUCUUCCCAACUCUACACCGGCCUGCUCAUCAUCGCCGUACCUCUCGGCAUCUGGGCCUCGCCCAUCUCCACCGUCCUCUGGCUGAUCGGCGCAUCCGGUGUGUCCAUCCUCGGCCAUGCAAGCUUUAUGGACAAGGACGUGGCCGCGUCUUUCUCCGAGGAGGCGGUAUAG